AUGCGUUUGACUCCCUUCAUUCUUCUCAUCGUCCUACUCUUGGAAGAAUGUUCGACUUCAAUUCUUACUAACACGAAUGACGUUAGGAGUUAUCGAAGAAAACGACUUGUAAUUGUUCUUCCCCGAAGAAGAGGAAUGAUGCCUGGAAUGUACGGUGGAUACGGAGGAUAUGGUGGAUAUGGAGGUUACGGAGGUUACGGUGGAGGAUGUGGCGAUAACGGACCAUGUGGAGGAGGUUUACCCUACGGAGCAUACUACGGAUAA